AUGUCCACUAAUUCCUCAGAACGGACAGUCACUGCCGCCACCGGUGCUCCGCCGGCCACCACCCUAAAUCCUCUCGCAACCGCGCACCACUUCGCCUCCAUAAAGUUGACGACACGCAACUUCCUCUUCUGGAGGACUCAGCUGGUGCCCUUCUUCCGUGGACUGGAGCUUCUAGGCUAUGUUGACAGCAAGACGCCAUGCCCACCACUAACCAUCGACACCGUGCCAACCUCCGAUGAGUCUGCCUCUACCGCCACCACGUCGACCCCAAUUCCAAACCUAGCGUACAAAGCCUGGAUCAAGCAAGACCAGUCCAUACUGUCCUUGCUCAUCUCUUCACUCUCCGAUGAAGUGAUGUACUUGGCUGUCGGUAGGUCUACGUCCAGGGAGGUUUGGAAUUCGAUCACAUCGGCUCUCGGUAGCUCCACUCGUGCCCGGUGCCUGAGUCUUCUCGGGAAGUUCCACUCGCUCCGGCAGGGCAACAGCAGCGCGGCGGAGUAUAUAGGCUGUGCCCAGCUCUUGGUUGAAGACCUUGCAUUAGCCGGCCGGCCGAUCACACUAGGCGAACAGAACCUGUUCGUUUUCAGGGGCCUUCAUCCGGAAUUCCGAGCCAUGGCCUACUCUUUUACCGUCGCAGGUAUUCCCGUUUCCAUCCCCCAGAUAUCCGAAUUUUUACAGGCACAAGAAUUCAUACACGCUGAGGAUUUCCCGGCUGGACCGGAUGGUGGUUUCGGUGCUGCUCCAUCAGCGCUGUAUGCAGGCCAUGGCAGCCGCAACAAUAAUGGUGAUGGUGGACGGAAUGGUUCCAACGGUCAAGGCCGAGGCAAUCUAGGCUCUGGCCGUGGCGGGCAAGGGAGAGAAUAUGGUGGCCGGAAUGGCGUGCCGCGUUGCCAGAUCUUCCGUGCACAAGGACACACUGCCGUGCACUACUAUAAGCGAUACACCGGGUAG